AUGGCCCCCAGUGUCUCGAUCCUGCAGGCGAAUGUCAAACACUGCGUCGCGGCUCAAGAUUUAUUGAUACAGACCGCGGCGCAGUGGAAGAUCGACGUAGUCAUAGUCGCCGAGCCGUACUACGUCCGCGCCCGUGAUGAUUGGGCGGGCGAUCGCGACGAUUCGGUGGCUAUCGUCGCCUGGAGACGCACGGGCCCCACACCCUUCAAAAGUAUAACAAAGGGUCGCGGUUGGGUUCUUGCGUCGCUGGGCGGCAUUGCAGUGAUCGGGGUGUACUUCGCGCCGAGCAGGAGUUUUGCCGACUUCGAGCGGAUGCUCGCCGAAGUCGGCGCUCUUGUGGCCGAUGCACACCCCACCCCUGUUGUGGUCGCCGGAGACUUCAACGCCAAAUCGAAUGAUAUGUGCUUGUUGGUGGCCGGCAGAGAUUUAAAGAUGAUGGAAAGGAUGAUGCAAGAUGAUUUUGAUCAAGUAACACAAUGGGCGCAUGAUAAUGAUAAAAAAACUCAAUACCUUAUAACGUUACAAGCAUAUCAAAAAGAGAAAGUCUUAGACGAAGGUACUCAUAGUUAUAAUACUAGGGCUGCUGCUGCAGGCAAGCUGCGUGAACGCGACGACACACAGUGGGAUCGCCCUGAAGAGAAAACUAAAGAAUAUAUUCCCUACCCUGGCUCGUCGCACGAGGAGGUGGAGAGUAGAGGAGGGGGUGGAGACCCUGUCGGAUCACCGGUAUAUCCGGUUCGACAUGGUCUCCACCCCCCCGUAACGCCGGACCGUCCUUUGCCGGGAGAGGGUCCACGGUGGAAGGUGUCCACCCUGGACCCAGAUCUGGCCAAGGAGGCGGCCAUUGUGGAGAGGUGGGGCGCCAAUGGCACGUUAGACGGCCUGGACACAGACGCGAGGUGCGAGCGGCUAGCUGGAGCACUAACUCGCGUCUGCGACGCGGCGAUGCGACGCGCAGGUCCGGCCCUCCCGCGAACGCGGGUGUACUGGUGGAGACCUCACCUGGCCGGUCUUCGUACGGCUUGCCAGGUGGCACGCCGCUCGUACACCCGCAGCCGCAGAAGAAGCAGGAGGGACCUGGACCAAGAGGCGCUGCUGCUCGCCGCGUACCGGGCCGCUCGUGCGGCGCUGACCUCGGCCAUAAAGGCCGCCAAGGAGGAGGCCUGGAAGGAGUGGCUCGAGAGCCUGGACCGUGAUCCGUGUGGGGGCGCCCAUAUAAGAUUGUGA